UCUCUUCUGUACUUUUUCAAAAGCAUGUGUUCUCCAGCGAGAGAAGCAGCACACAUUAAGUUGCUGAGGCAUUAGCCUGGAAAUAUAAGGAGUUUUGCGGAAUUGUCCAUCACUCAUCUAGGGAUGACAGGUGUGCCACAAAGACUUGGACCAAGCCAGGCUGCUGGCAGGGCAGACCACCUAUAAAAAUCCUGGAUGUUCAGGACAUUUUGGGAACCGUGCUGAGAUCACAUCAUACAGGUGGGAAACAAGUUAUCAGGAAUAUGAGCAAACAAAGUGGCAGUAAAUGGAACCGUAUAUUCCCAUUUCUAAUGGUAUCCUUGGUGUAUUCAGCUUUAGCAGAGUAUUCUAAUUGUGGUGAAAAUGAAUAUUAUAACCAGACAACAGGCUUGUGCCAUAGCUGUCCAGAGUGUGAGCCAGGGGAAGAGCCAUAUAAUUCCUGUGGAUAUGGCACCAAAGAUGAAGACUACAGCUGUGUUCCUUGUGUAUCUGGCAAGUAUUCUAAAGGCGGCUACCAAAUAUGCAGGCGACACAAGGACUGUGAAGGGUUUUUCCGUGCCACUAUUUUAACACCAGGGGACACAAAGAAUGAUGCAGAAUGUGGACCCUGUCUCCCAGGAUUCUACAUGUUAGAGAACCGUCCUAAAAGCAUAUAUGGCAUGGUGUGUCACUCAUGUUCAUUGGCACCUCCAAACACCAAGGAAUGUAUUGGAACGCAGCACUAUGCGUCCGGGAGUUCAUCAAGAAUUGUGGGCUCCAGCACAGCCUCUCCCUUCCAACAUGCACACAAAGUGGAUGUGCCUGGGCAAGGACAUCUGGCCACCGCUCUCAUUAUUGCAAUGUCUACAAUAUUCAUCAUGGCCAUUGCUAUUGUGCUUAUCAUCAUGUUCUACAUUGUGAAGACCAAGCCUUCUGCUGGAGCAUGCUGCACAAUUAAUACAAAGAAUGUGGAAGCUCAGGACAUUCAUCAGGAAGAGAAAAAGGAAGUGCCAGCUGAAAAUGUCAUCUACUCUGAAAAAGAUGAAUUUGAGAAACUUUCGGAAACACAAACAAAAACUGAGAAAAGUGAAAACGAUGCUUCCUCUGAGAAUGAGCACCUUCUGAGCAGAAGCAUGGACAGUGACGAGGAGGCCGCACUUGACAAACAGGGUUCCCCGGAGCUCUGCCUCUUAUCCUUAGUUCACCUGGCAAGAGACAAGUCAACUGCAAACAACAAACUGACAGGGUUGGUGACCAGAAUUACACCACAUAUUCCUGAUGAGGUCUUACCAUGGAGUUAUAUAGAGGCAAGAUUAUAUUUUCCACACAUUCACAGUCGCAGGAAAAAGAUUUUAGAUCUUUAUGCCAAUGUAUGCAGUGUUGCAGAAGGUCUAAGCCCAACAGAAUUGCCAUUCGAUUGUCUAGAAAAGACCAGCAGGAUGCUUAGUUCUACCUAUAAUACAGAGAAGGCAAUAGUGAAAACGUGGCGCCACCUUGCUGAGAGUUUUGGUCUGAAGAGAGAUGAAAUUGGAGGAAUGACAGAUGGACUUCAGCUUUUUGAUCGCAUCAGUACUGCUGGCUACAGCAUACCAGAUCUGCUCACCAAACUGGUACAGAUUGAAAGACUAGAUGCAGUGGAAUCUCUUUGUGCAGACAUUGUAGAGUGGGCACAAGCUACUCCAACAAUUACACCACCUACAGUGCCCAAUAGUGAAAGCGUAUGAACUAGAGUUUGACUUUUACCAUUGUUUUGGAAUGGAAGAAGAUAUUCCCAUUAGGAUGAGCCAUUAUGCUUAGCCUUGACUAGGCACUACAAGAGGUCAAGAACGCUUACGGCACAAUAUGUAGCGAAAAAAGAAGGAUUGUAACUCUUUCGAAAGCAUAAAAGGAAAUAAAUACAUAACAGUCCUUUCUAAUGAAGAGUACACAAUCCUUAAUGAAUGAGACUAUUGAAUAUAAUUAUUUAAAACUUUAUACGGAACCUGUGACCGGAAGGAUUAGUUCCUUUCUACAUUUUUAGUGAUUAACUAAGAACUUGUUUAAACAAUCAACUUGUGUGUAGACUGAUUUAUUCAACUGGAAUAACAGCUAAAUGUUGUAUAUUCCACACAAAGAAGUAAUCAUUGUUUUAUGCUUGUUUGUUGAGGUUCAGAAUCCAUUGACAAUAUGCUAAGUGGACCAUGCAAGAUCCAUCAAGUGGCUCCUUCAAGCUACGGCUCAGAAUCAUUUCAUGUUGCAUUAUUAACAGAACAGGGUUACCUUUGUUCCACUGCUCACUGUACAACUCUAUUAGGAUCAAUACAUUUCCUCCCCGCUGUUUUAGCUUUCAUCAGAUUGGUUCUGAAGAAACUUACUGACAAUCAUUGAACCCAAGAACAUUAUACAUUAUAUUCAUCUAAACCAGCAGUGUUAGCGAUACAAAUAGCUCAGAGCUACAACCACUCUGUAGGCUGCCAGUUCUAGAGCAGUUGAUGUGUCAUUAAUCUGAAAUGUAGAUGCUGACUUAGAGUAAAGUGCAAAUGCAUCUACUAGGUUCAAGUGCUCAAAAAAAAAAAAAAAUGUGUGCGAGAGUAACAUGUAAAGUUAUCUCUCUGAUUUAGGUUUGUUCACAUAAAAGUUCAAUAUAGAAUCAUUUGUUAAUGGCACUAUUCACCGAGAUGAGAUGAUACUUUGGAUAAAUGUAUUUAUCUAGUAGGAACAAUGCAGCAGAUAACAAGCUGUGUUUGGAACUGAUUCAAUUCCACUGACAGAACUUCUGGGUUCUGACCCCAUGUAUUUAUUGUGACUGCAUAACCACUGUACAGAGAGAUCCAAGAAUCCCUCUCUGGUGAGACAUACAGACGCCAUUGUCAGAUGGCCUUGGCAAUAAGAGACUAACUCAGAAAAUGUAAGUGUAAUAUAGUUUGCUCUGCUGUAAAGUCUGCACCGGGGUAAAACUUGCACCUGUCUGUAACUCAGGAUCUUACUGUAUGCCUUUUCGGUCAACAUAACUAUGCACACAUGUGCUUACUAUGACAUCAGUAGGGUUAAGUAGGUUGAUCCAUGAAAUGUGACCUAUUGCAAUAUGGCAAAAUGUGAAUCCAAUUUUUUAAUUGGUUUUCAAAUAAAAUGACAGUGAAGGGAAUGCAUUGUUGUACGCAUCUAACAUUUAAUAUAGUGUUAUUUCAGUUAAAUUCUGUGAUUAAUUUACAUUUCUUAAGAGUAACUGCCAUUGAUGAUAUUUAAACUGCACUGAAUUAAAAUUGUAAUACUUGUGACCAUGUUACUGGAUACGUGCUGGCUUCAUCCUCUCCCCUGGACUGAUCUUGUCUUUCCUAAUUAUUUUCCACUAUAAUUUCCAAUACUUUCAGCUGAACCGAAUCAUUUAUUUUAGAGGUGCUGUAUUCUGUCACUAUAAAACAGAUCUAUGUUUGACCAAUGAUUCUCAACUCCAGUCCGCAAGUACCCCCAACAGGAUGUGAUUCUGGAUUUCUAUCUGGGGAAAUAAGUGGCAUAAUUGCUGACCCAGCAAAAAUAGAUAAACUCCUUUGUGCAUGAUUAAAGAAAGUCAGAAAACAUGACCUGUUGGAGGUACUUGAAGACUGGAAUUGAGAUCCACUGGUGCAGACACAUGAGAAUACUUCUGUUCUUAAAAUGUUGCACUGAGAAAAAGCCAGUGUUUGAAACUUCUAGUCUAAUAUUACGUUUCAAAUGUGUUUUGUAACACUGGCAAAUAUGUAUAUCAAAUGCAAAAUCUUUAGAUUCACAUUAUGAGGCAGAUUCAAUUAGCUGUGGGGUUAAAGCUCCGGGUUUAAUGUAUAGAGCUAUUCAAUUACUAAGCAAUUUACUCAUGCAGUAAGGCCAAGGCUAACAUGCGCUAACUCAAAGAUUCUGAGUUAGGAGCCCAGAAUCAAUGGGUUACCCAGCGCAGUAAGUCCCAGGGGGUGCACUUAAUAUGGAUUGUUUUCCUCUCAGCUCCAGAGGCUCCAGUGCAUCCUAUGGGGCUUAAGGUGUGGGGGAACCAGUAGCAUUAAUUGGUAGCUAUAGUCAGAGCCUUAACAAUAAAGUAAGCCCCAUGACUAGCUGAAUCUUCCCAUUAGUGUGUUUGUACUUGGAGCCUAAUUCAGAUCUGAUUGCAGCAACAAAUUUAUUAGCUAAUGGGCAAAACCAUGCAGGGAGGGGGGCAGAUAUAACAUGUGCAGAGAGAGUAAAGGGCCCCAUACACUACAACGAUCUCAUGUCGGAGGUGAUCGCAGGCGAUCACCCCAGCAGCCUCCCGGGGGGCAGGUUUGGCCAAGAAACAUUGUAUGCUGCACAGUUACAUAUGAUAUAUCUGGGCGAUCCCAAGCCAUGCCCCCAGGUCGGACCAGAUUGAAUGUGCAGCACAUUCAAUCUGGAGGAUCCGAUCUGAUGCUCACGGGAAUGCGCAUUGGAUCAGUUUUGGUUUGGGAACACCCCUAAAAUGUCCGAUUUCAGCCGAUAUAUCGGGCCGAAUGCCCGAAUUGGGCUGAAAUCGGGCAUUAUCGUUCUAAUGUAUGGGGCCCUUUAGAUUUGGGUGGGUUGUAUUGUUUCUGUGCGGGGUAAAUACUGGCUGCUUUAUUUUUACACCGCAAUUUAGAUUUCAAUUUGAACACACAUCACCCAAAUCUAACUCUCUCUGCACAUGUUAUAUCUGCCCCCCCCCCACACACACACACCUGC